AUCAUCUGUUAAGAUUCCCCGUCUCUUCACGGCCACACCACAGAAUAAAAAGAAUCUCUUCAUCUGCAAAUCCAUUCCUGAGAGCCCAAGCAAGGACACAAAACAUGGAGCCUUCUCUCUUCGCUUGGUCGCUGUUGCUACUGUCGGCUGCAUAUUCCUGGCCGGUUCCGGACAGCAUAGUUGGAGGUCACGAGGCCCCCCCACACUCCCGGCCCUACAUGGCGUCGCUGCAGAUUAAUAAGGUGCACCAGUGCGGGGGGGUGCUGGUGCGGGAGGACUUUGUGCUGACAGCGGCACACUGCACCGGGAGGCUCACGGUUGUUCUGGGGGCUCAUUCGGUCACACAGAGAGAGGCGUCUCAGCAGAUAUUCAGUGUGCAAAAGUGCUACAGGCCCCCGAAAUACAGAGAGGGCGUUCUGAAGCAUGACAUCAUGCUGCUGAAGCUGAAUCGAAACGCCACUUUGAACCGCUACGUGCAGCCGAUCCCUGUAAAGAGCCGCGGAGACGUGGCAGCGGGAACGGCGUGCAGUACUGCGGGCUGGGGCGACGUCACCGGCGACGAUACCUACCCUGAUAAACUGCAAGAGGUGCAGACGACCGCCCUGAGCAGGCAAGAGUGCGGCAAACGGUGGAUGAGACAUAUCAGGAUCGACAAAACCAUGACCUGCGCUACAGACCAGGGCUCUGUCAAAGGCUUUUGCUCGGGGGACUCCGGCGGGCCGCUGGUUUGUGGAGGUGCUUCGGUGGGCGUGGUUUCCUUUUCGGGUGCGAAGUGCGGAGACCCCACGUUCCCGGACGUUUACACGCGGAUCGCCAGUUACAGAAAUUGGAUUGAAAAAGUGAUGAGCAGAAAGUAAUCUGAGGAGACGAACAACAUUCACCACCGUGCGUCUCGCUGCCAGCGUCUAACUACACGCAAUCAGAACUGUAAUAUUCCGGUUUUUUUUUUUGUUUGUUUGUUUUUUACAUAAAAUUGACAUUUAGUUGGCCAUUAAAUAUCCCAAACUGUAACCAUUAGAGGUUAAGAUCAGGUGCCCGAUUUAACACUAUUUGACAUUAAGUUUAGAGAAAGGGGGUAGUGUUCUAAAGACUUCAGGGUUGGACAUAAGACUCCUAUUGCAUAGCAGCUUCACCCAUUCCAGGUUUUAAUACAAGCUUGAUUAGUCCCAGUGUAUAGGUAACAAGCUCAGGUGUGUCUGACCAAACUAAUAGUAAAAACAGGAAUGGAUCAAAAUGCUAUGCAAUGGGGGUCUUACUUCCAGCCCUGGAAUCUGGGCUCUGAAAGACAAUCUGCACCUAGAUCCAUACUGAGGUUGUGUUUCAUCAAACCCCCCAUAGUGUGUUGUUAUUGUGUGGUUUUAUUUUUGAUGUAUCACAGCGUGAUACUUGUGGCUGCUCUGUAGUUUACAAUACAGUACACUUGACUUUGUUUUUUUAAACUUCUGGGGUAGCAGAAUGUGAUUCUUGUUGUGAAGGAUGUUUUAUUUUUGUAAAUGUAUAUUUUUUUUCCAAAAAGGAAACAAUGCACUGCAGUUUUUUUUAUAUAUAUUGUUUUAUAUAAAGUCAUAGACAAAGGUGAAAAACAUAAUAAAAUCGUUUAAAUUGGAUAAUAAAAAGGCAGGAGUUGCUUCA